UAUACCGUUGCUUUUUUGCUCCAUCUCUCUCUCUUACCACUGAGCUAAGCAAAAGCCGAGUUCCCAGAGACAAGCCGCUUCCUUUCUGCAGAGAACUCUUUUCCGGGUGUCAAAAAAGGUUCAUAAUUUCGUCUGGUAAUGCUAAUCACUACCCGCUCCUAAAUUCUAUCCCUUCUUCAAACGAUUCACUUUCCUUAUACGUUCGAUUUCCGUGAAGAGAAAAUCCCCCCCUAUUAAAUCUCCCUACCCACUCGACCCUGUUCGUUUCCUGCGAGAAUUUUGAGAAAAGUUCGAGUCUUUUUGAGCUUCCGAGGUUUUUAUCAAUGGAGUUCAUGGAGCGGGCCGUCUGGUUUUUUUGCUCUCUACUCACCCUCUCUGCCUUGUUUGUCUCUGCUGACACCGAUCCUCGCGAUGUUGCUGCAAUGAAUAGCUUGUGUGUUUCUCUCAACUUGCCGCCAUUGCAAGGAUGGAAGCCAGCUGGAGGAGACCCUUGUGGGGAACAGUGGCAAGGGGUCAGCUGUGUUUUCUCCAACAUAACUGCUCUGAAACUGAGUGGAAUGAAUCUUGGAGGUACAUUCGACACUGGUAUUGAACAAUUUGAGUCUAUCUUAGAAAUAGAUCUCAGCAACAACCAUAUUGGAGGGACCAUUCCAAUCAAUCUUCCUCCUACAUUGAGAAACUUCUCUCUAGCUGGGAAUCAGUUCAUCGGAAGUGUCCCGAGCACGUUAUCAUCACUAACUCAGCUCCUAGACCUGUCAUUGAACAAUAAUCUUCUGAGUGGUGGGAUACCGGAUGCCUUUCAACAGCUUGUUAGUUUGGUUAACCUAGACUUGUCGUGGAAUAACUUGAGCGAUUUGCUACCUCCGUCGAUGGGAAGCUUGUUAUCUCUCAGCUCACUGCAUCUGCAGAACAAUAAGCUUAUCGGGACUCUUGAUGUUCUUCAGGAUCUUCCUCUUCAAGAUCUGAAUGUAGAGAACAAUCUGUUCUCCGGGCCUAUACCCUCAAAGCUGUCAGCUAUACCAAAUUUCAGGAAAGAUGGGAAUCCAUUCAACACAACGAUUCUUCCUUCGCCUCCUGCACCACCACCUCCUCAAGUUUCAUCACCGUCACCUUCUUCCUCUGCACUGCCACCAUGGACAGGAUUUGGACCAUCUUCUGCCGAAAAACAAAAUCCUUCUGAAGGCCAAAAGGAAGAAGUUUUCACUUCCAAAGCUAAGAAAGUCGUCGUGAUUGCAGCUGCUGGUACAGCAGCGAUCAUCCUAUUAGGACUAUGUGUCUGCCUGCCAAUAUACUGCAAAAGAAGAAAUGCUCGACGAGAUCCAGAAGAUGCUGAGUUUGAUGGAUACAAUGAUGGCAAGCCUCAGAGUAAGGCUUCAUUUCAUGUUUAUCAUCAAGAACACAAAGCUCCAAAGGGAUUGGUUACGAAGCUGGAUGAACCGAAAGCAUCUGAGGGUAGCCUGAAGACACAGGAUGAACAAGUUGCAGCAGAUCAGAAGAGAACAGCUUCGAGUUUGACUGAUGCAUCCCUAAAGCAAUGCCCUCCUCCUCCUGGCAACAAGGUGACCGUCGAUGAUGAGAACCAAAUGAAUAAGGACUUGUCCUCUGCUCGGGUUUUUACCAUUGCAACACUACAACAGUAUACUAACAGCUUUGCAGAAGAGAACUAUGUUGGGGAAGGUUCUCUCAGCCGUGUUUAUAAGGCUGAGCUUUCUGAUGGGAAGCUAAUGGCAGUCAAGAAGCUAAACGCCACAGCUUCUGGGCAAGUCACUGAUGAAAAAUUCCUUCAUCUAGUCUCUGCCAUCUCUCAAAUGAACCAUCCUAACAUCGUGGAGUUUGUCGGCCACUGCAUCGAGCAUGGCCACAAGUUACUUGUGUACGAGUACUGCGAAAGUGGGACCCUGCAUGAUGCUUUGCAUUCGGACGAGGAGAUUGAUGGGAAGCUCUCCUGGAACAAGCGUGUCAGGCUGGCAUUAGGAGCCGCCAGAGCACUGCAGUAUCUUCACGAAGUCUGCCAACCUCCAGUUGUCCACCAAAACUUCAAGUCUGCCAACAUUCUCCUUGAUUUCCAGCUAGUAGCAAAGGUAUCCGAUUCAGGGUUAGGGUCUCUGAAGUCAUCUUCUUCAAGUUCAAUCGGGUUCUCUGGACGGCACAACAUUAAUUCUCAGCAAGGUUACAAUGCUCCUGAGUUGGACUCAGGAAGCCACUACACCUGCAAGAGCGACGUGUAUAGCUUUGGGAUCGUAAUGCUUGAACUCCUCACAGGAAGGAAGUCCUAUGACAGUUCGCGUGCUAGAGGGGAGCAGUAUCUGGUGCGAUGGGCGAUCUCACAGCUUCACGACAUUGACUCCUUGUCCAGAAUGGUCGACCCUUCGUUGAACGGUUCAUACCCUGCCAAGUCGUUGUCUCGUUUCGCCGAUAUUAUCUCCAGAUGCAUUCAGGCAAGCCAAACUCUAGAAAGACAUUCAUCAUGUUCAUGUGGGAGCCAGAGUUCAGGCCGGCUAUGUCUGAAGUGGUGCAAGAUCUCCUGCAGAUGAUAUAAGUUAAGUUAUGGGUUGCAUAUGUAGCAGCGAGUGAGUGCUAAGUUCCAACUAACCCCAUUCGUUUGUGUGAAUACAUGAUAAUCCCUUCUGUCUUUACUAGUUUACUAGCUAAUGUAAACUCCGCCAUUUAAUUUUUCCAUUUUUGGUUUGGCUUGUGAUCACUGAUGAA